AUGAUUGACCCUCAGGAACAGGGUGGUCAGCUUGUGAUUAGAAUUGGUGACAGUGAUAUCCAGUUUGAUAUGAAUUUCCAUUUAUAUUUAACCACAAAAAUCCCAAAUCCUCAGUAUCUGCCUGAUGUGUGUACUAAAGUGACAAUUAUUAACUUUAUGGUAACUAAAUCAGGACUUGAAAAUCAAAUUUUAAGUGAUGUUGUACGUCUUGAAAGACCAGAUUUGGAAAACCAGAGAAACCAACUGAUUGUGAGAAUUAAUGCUGAUAACAACCAACUGAAAGCAAGUGAAAACCGCAUUCUGAAGCUGUUGUUUGAAUCUGAAGGAAAUAUUUUGGACAACGAAGAAUUGAUUAACACCUUGAAUUCGUCCAAGAUCACAUCAAAGGUUAUAAAAGAGCGUUUAAAAGAAGCCGAGCAAACAGAACAAAAUAUAUCUACUGCUCGAGAGAAAUACCGGCCAGUUGCUACCAGGGGGUCAAUCAUAUAUUUUGUUGUGGCAGAUAUGGCUGAAAUUGAUCCUAUGUAUCAAUUUUCAUUAAAAUAUUUCAAACAAUUAUUCAAUCUCACCAUCAAAAACACCAAGAGAGCAGAAGACUUGCAAAAACGAAUACAAAUGCUUAUCUGUGAAACUACAAAAUUCAUUUAUAAAAAUGUAUCUAGGGCUUUAUUUGAAAACCAUAAGCUCGUAUUUUCUUUCAUUUUGUGCAUUGGAAUACUGAAACACGAAGGCAAACUUACAAAUGAAGAAUGGAAUUAUUUCUUACGAGGUGCUCCAGUCAUGAAUGAGAACUUUCAAAAUGAAUUCCCUGUAGAUUUGCUGAAUCAAAACACAUGGAAUGCUGCAGUAGAAUUAAGCAAUAAUUUUCAAAUAUUCUCCACUCUUGUACAAGAUAUCACCCAUUAUCCUGUAUGGGUGAACCUCGGAGACACACAAAUACAUGCAAAUCCAGAGAUAAAAGACCAGACAGAUUUAAAUCUAAACAACCAGUCUUCACCAUCCAAAGAAUGGCAGAAAGAUUUGUCCAGUUUUCAGAAACUGUUAUUCAUCAAAGCCUUUUGUGAAGAAAAGACUGUUUUAGCCGUCACAGAAUUUGUUUGUGAGAAUUUGGGUCAAGAAUAUGUGGAGAGCCGUGCAGUUGAUUUACAAACUAUCUACAAUGACAUGAAGAAAGAAAUUCCACUUGUUUUUGUUCUUAGUACUGGAUCAGAUCCUAUGAACUCUUUAAUGAGAUUUGCCAAGGAAAAGAAUUAUUCAGACAGAAUUUCAGCUAUUUCUCUUGGUCAGGCCCAAGGUCCACUUGCUGAAGCAUUAAUUAAGGAAGCCACUAAAACAGGUGAUUGGGUUUUCCUUCAGAAUUGUCAUCUAGCUGCUUCUUGGAUGCCUUCAAUGGAGGAAACUCUCAAGGCACUUACAGAUGAACCGGAACAAAUACAUGAUGAUUUCAGGCUUUUCCUGAGUUCCAAGCCUUCAAAACAUUUUCCAAUUAGUGUAUUACAGAACAGCAUCAAAGUUACCAAUGAACCUCCGAAAGGAAUCAAGGCAAAUAUCCGAAGAGCUUUUGGAGAAAUUAGUUUAGCAUUUUUUGAAGAUCACAUUCUUUCUGAAAAAUGGCAAAAAAUGGUUUUUGGACUUUGCUUUUUCCAUGCUGUUAUUCAGGAGAGAAAAAAGUUUGGUCCUUUGGGUUGGAACAUAAAGUAUGAAUUCUCAGACAGUGACCGAGAAUGUGCUUUGAACAAGCUGAAGAUAUUUUGCACUGAUGGCAUUCCCUGGGAGGCACUUAAUUACGUUAUUGGUGAUAUUACCUAUGGAGGUCGAGUGACAAACAGCUGGGAUCAGAGAUGUCUAAGAACAAUCUUAAAUAAUUUCUUUAAUCCUAAAAUAUUACAAGAAGACUAUAGAUAUUCUUCAUCAGGUAUCUAUUAUAGUCCAACUUAUAAAACCUUGGAGGAACAUCUUAGUUACAUUGAAGAAUUGCCCCAAAUAGACCACCCUGAAAUAUUUGGGUUGCAUGAAAAUGCAAAUGUUGCAUUCCAGAAGCAAGAAACAACAUUAUUGAUGCAAUUAAUUCUUGACAUCCAACCAAAAGUUCCACGUAGAAGUGAUGGACAGUCGAAUGAUGACAUAGUUUUGGAAGUAGCUGAUAAUAUUCUGGGGAAAUUAAUUGACAAGUUGGACAUCAUUUCAGCAAACUCAGAUUUAUUCAAGGUUGACUCAAACAACAGAAAAAGUCCAUUAACAAUAUUUCUGUUGCAAGAAGUAACUCACUUCAACAAAUUAUUGUGGGUAAUCAAGAAUGAUAAUGUAGGAUUGCAGUGA